AUGUCAGACGAUAUCGUGGGAUCCUGCUGUUCCGUGGCUAUUCUUGGGUGCUAUGAGGUCUGCUUGGGAAUCUGCCUUGACUUCAUGAGCGUUCGACAUGCAUGCACGGCGACCUUGUGCUCGUGUAGACGACGACCCUCUCUGGAGAUUGAUCCGAGCGAGCGAGAGCCGCUCGUUCAGAACACUGAGCCCGGUGCUCAUCCGCCCAUGUCCAAGGCCCCCACAGAUUAA